AUGGAAAACCAAACCACUGUGACUGAGUUCAUUCUCUUGGGACUUUCCAGUGACCCGCAACUCCAAAUUUUCCUGUUCUUUGUGUUUUUGGUAAUAUACACAGUCACCCUAGUGGGGAAUGCAGUCAUCCUGCUGGUGAUACGAGCUGAUUCUCACCUUCAUACCCCCAUGUAUUUCUUCCUGUCUCAUUUGUCCUUUGCUGAUAUCUGCUAUUCUUCAGCAAUUGUCCCAAAGCUGCUCAUGAAUUUACUAGCAACACAUAAAACGAUUUCUGUCAAUGCUUGCUUCACCCAAUUGUUCUUCACCAUUCUCUCAGGUACUUGUGAAGUAUUCAUACUCUCAGUAAUGGCUUACGACCGUUAUGCUGCUAUAUGUAACCCCCUGCAUUAUGUGGGGAUUAUGAACAAAAGAGUAUGCAGGCAGCUAGUGGCUUUUUCCUGGACCAUGAGUCUUAUGGACUCACUGGUAAAUACAAUCCCUGCAUUAAAGUUGCACUUCUGUGGGCCCAAUGAAAUUGGGCAUUUUAGCUGUGAGCUUCCCCCGUUACUAGCACUUUCCUGCUCUCAGACAUUCAACAACACAAUAGCUCUUCUUUCUUCUGCUGUGGUCGUUGGUUUUGGCAAUUUCCUCCUCAUGUUGGUUUCCUACAUCCAAAUCAUCUCCACCAUCUUGAGGAUACACUCUGCAGAGAGUAGACAUAAAGCCUUCUCCACCUGUAGCUCCCACCUCACUGUGGUGGUUUUAUUGUAUGCAACAGGGCUUUUUCAGUACUUGAAACCCAGUUCAAUUUCUUCAGUGAUCCUGGAUCAAGUUUUCUCCAUCCAGUACAGCAUUGUAACCCCCAUGUUAAAUCCCAUCAUCUAUAGUCUGAAGAAUAAAGAAGUGAAAACAGCCUUGGGGAGAAUUUUCAAAAAAAAUCAAGUUCUGAACUGA